AUGAUGAAAAAAGUCAUUUUAGUGUUGAAAACUAUCAAGGGAAAUGCAGCUGGUGAUUUCUCUUUGGAAAGACAGGUUUUGGCUGAACGAGUCUAUCCGGAAUUGCGGGAGUACACACGUGAACAAUACGGUCUGGAAUUACAGAUUAUCGAUCCCAGGCCACAAAACAAAACUCUACUUUUGGAAUCAGUGAACUAUCGUGAGUUUUUCAUCGAACAAUGUCGGAAAUUCUGCAAAUCUACCGCGGACUGUUGUCCUGUGAUAUUGUUUGGUCAAAAACUCGGUCUACCCUUGCUACCUACACGAAUUCCAGCAUCCAUAUGGGACUUGAUCAUGAAUCGCGCUGGACAGAAGCGGGCAAAUCCACUUCACCUGCUAGUCAAACAACUCGACUUUGAUCACUGGUAUGGGUUGGACAAAAACGGUCUCCCUGAACCGCAGCGUGUGCUAAAAUCACUGGAUCAGCUUUAUCCGGGACUGUUGGCUGAAGAUUUUCCUACCAGACGUUCGGCUUAUUCAAAGUGGAAUGAGGACCGAGACAACCUGGUUCGCUUUCUCUAUUAUUCCGCAUCAUUAUGUGUGCAAGAAGAUCUGUUAACUUCGGAAACUGUGGACAAAUUAUUCGUGGGUGAACUAUCAACCACCAUCCACCACGCCCUCGACCACAUCGCAUCUCAAGACGCUGCACACAAUGCAGGUUCGUACGGUCCAAUCGCCCUGAUGCGUUCGAUAAUUGAUGUAGAUCAAUUCAAACACGAAGCAGCCGGUGCUUCCGACUACCUCGAUUUGUUGCCUACCCUGUUUCGUUCGGAGAAGAACAGAAUGAAUCCACAAAUCGAUUCAUUCUUGAUGGAACAACUAGUGGUGUUGAAUCAAUAUGUCAAUAUACAUAUAAAAAAUGGAAUAUGCAAAACUUCAGAGCACCUGAUGAAAGUUUUGUGGAGAAAUCCAUCAGGAAUAGAUCGGAAGUUCCAUGCGGACUAUCUGGAUCAAUUUGUUGAUGAAUUCAAAAAAUUGGCUUUUGACGCUAUUGACAUUCGGGCGAAAGCAAAAUUGACCGCUUUGAAUCAGACUAUUGAGAGGAUAUCCCAGCCGAACGGAACUGUCGGAGUGACCACCAAUGCGUUGGAGAUCCCGGUGAGCUCGGACAUAGCAGUUAUCAAGGCCCGACUUCUUCAGCAAUCUAUUCGAGCAUGGGAUCAGGCUUGGAAUAGCGCAGCUGGCAUUGAACGACUGGCCCCACUGGCCAAAUGUCGUGAAAAUGAAAUACAAAUACUGGUAGACUAUUUGAUGAAUGAACACGCGACGAAACCACUUUUAGUCUAUUCGGUGAACAACACAGACAAGAAUGGUUGCAAUGACACCGCGAACUCUGACGACUUGGCUUCCGCGGUGGCAUGUGCUGCAUUCCUGGAAGCACAUCGUACACUGUCCGAAUCUGCCGAGGCUGUUCUGAUUGGACACAAUGCCACCAAGCCGAUGGAAGUUUCAAGAUUGUUGGCUUAUCUAGCAGACCAACUCUCUGUCGCAUUGUGCCAGAGUCGAGACAAGUUUGAUUCGACCACCCUGUCCACACUUCUAAACUCCGUAGGUGUUCAGUUGUCUUCGCACUCGAAACGCCCUGUUCUAUUCAUUCUCGCCGGAGUGCAUCUCAUUGUUGAUUCCAAUAGCAACAACUUUAACGUGACCACUCCUAGCAUCGCUCUAACCGAGGCAAGCCAUCUCCCACAUCAACUUCAUCCGGGAGUAAAACUGAUCUUGGCCGGAAAGGUGCAAACAUUCUCCACGAUUGAAGGUGCAUCAACAUCAGUGCUUCUGCCUAAAACAUGCUUGACAUUGGAAAUCACUCCACCGAGCGUUCGGGAUGCGAUCAGUGUAUGUCUGGGGGCCCUGACCGAGAACAGUCGGAUUCUGACUCAGGAACAAAUCACUGAGUUGUAUCAAGCGUUAGAUCAGCUUGGUAGUCGACGUGAUCUGUUGAAUUGUAGCUACGUUCUGACCAAAUCGUUGCUCUGUUUUGUUCGAUCUGAUGACCGCGUUGAAAGUACACAAAUUGUGCAAUGGGUUGACGACAACAACAAGACUCUGUCGGCAUUCAUCAGCUGUUACUCACCCCAUUUUUCACCUCGUAUUAUCGACCAGAUUAUCCGCUAUUUGUAUCUGGCUUCGUCUAGCAUGGACAACACAUCUCCGGCCGGUUUGACAGAGACGGAGUUGGAUAAUUUGUUAGUUCUUGAUCAGCAAUUUCACCCGAUCGGAACAAACCCUAAUUCCGUAAAUUCCACGGAGACCUCGAUUAUUCUGGACUCUGCGGAACGGGCAUUGAUUUGGUCAGCGUUACGUCAGUCGCCGAUUCUACAAAACAUUGUCAUUCCAUAUGAACAAUAUUUAGAUGGAUAUUUAUGUCUUAUCUGGAACAGUCCACUGGUAGCAGGAGGCACAAAUCUCACGGAAGAAGCAAAUAUCAUGGCUGACUAUUUCCUGAAUACAUGGUCGCUUAAGCUCAAAGCUUCACGUGAUCCCAAUGUUGACAUAGCAUUGUCCAUCGAUAGAACCAAAUCCGUACUGAAACAAAAUAUUUAUCUCGGUGAAAAAACUCAUGCGUUUCCGUCACUCGGACUGGAAUACAAUGUCAGAUAUCUGCGUCAAGUUGGAUUUUGUCUCCUCCGCACCGGUGAAUUGACCGAAUGGGCGAAUCAUACCUGGUUCAGUUUUAAAUGGUUACACUCCACCAUGUUUGCAGCGGGAAUGUGGGAACUUUUGAAUUUGUUUCCCAAAAUAGAGAACUAUUUUCCAAACAAAGAUUCAACUAAAUCACUUAGUAAACUUCAAUUUCAGUCUGGCUUGGUGUAUGAAGCUUUGGCGAAUAGUGCUCCACUCUUACAGGGUCAUCCAAAUUUGUUGGCAGCUGAAAUCAUUGGACAACUAUCACCAUUUGUCCCCUUGGUACCCACGUCACAGUCGCACAAAACGGGCAUAGAGUUGCUGGUGGAUCAAUGCAAGACUGUCGCUCCGUGGUACAAUCCCAUUUAUCCACUUCACGCGUAUUCCGAUAUCCCCGGAAGUCCAAUGGUCGGUCGUUUGUCUUGUCCAAGCCCCCUUUUAGACAUGUGCAUACAGUCUGGUUCCGAGUCGAAUGACUUGCUCGUCAAGUUGGACCACGACCCGAUUAUUUAUCGAUUUGCCUGUAGCGCUCAAAAACGUUUACCUAAUAUGGAAACGGGUCACGGACGUAUGUUUCUCUGUCCAAAUGUCUACCAGAUGGACGCAGAAUCGCAUGGUCGUGUCCCAAUGAUUGGACAGAUCAACACAGGUUUGUGGAUCGCUGCAAGUUGUGGAUUGAUUAUUACUGACUUAAAAGCUGAAGUGCUGGCCUUGGAUCUCACCGAUGAGCAUGUGGGUCUGAUUGUAAGUACAAAACGAUUACUCGGUGCCAAACGCUCUUUCUCCUCCUCUUCCUCCUCUGGUCAUCGGACGGAUUCCGCGUCGAACUCCUCCGAUACGUCUCUCACGGAGCACUUAGCGGCUGGAACUAGCAAUCAUAUAGUUAUUUUUGAAUUGACCACUGGGAAACCGGUUCAAAUUCUGAGUCCCUUCCCCAGAGCCAAUUUUAUCACACUUGGUCAACUGGAAAAAAACGAGGGCCAGAAUAAAAAUGUCGGAAACUCGGCGGUCUUUUUCACUAACUCCAAUCGUGUAUUACUGGGAUUUAGAACAAGUACCGGUGAACAACUGUUUGCUUUGACGCUGGAAAUUCGUCCGGUAAAACUCCUACCCAGUUGGAUCGGAGGUGGCCACAAUUUGUUUUUACAAUUCGAGCACUCGGCCAAGUUGGUUCAGCUGAAAUUGAACUGUAACGGCGAGGUGAGUAAAUCGAUCACGAUUUCAUUUGAGAACAGUCUGGCCGGAGACCGGAUAGUGGAUUUUCUAUUGGCCAACUCGAAUCCGUAUUUGCUUAUUCAUGCGCACACACAAAUUUUGGUCUAUGAUUUUCACGCGGACCAAUUGGUGACACAUAUAUUUCCACCGGUUGGAAUGCCACACACAAUCCGGUUGCCAAACGAAGCUCCACAACCAUUAAGUUUCACGGCAGUCGGAUUCGCUUUACACGAUCGUGUGGUUGUUGCUUGUAUAUUUCGAACAGUCAUUUUGUGGGAUAUUCGACUGAAUCGUCUGUUGACCAAUUUCUAUGCACCUGUCGGUUCCUUGACUCGAUUUGUUACGGAUUCUACUCAACGACUAUUGAUUGGCUACUCCAAAUCUGCGAAAGAAUUAUACAUGUGGGAUCUCACUACCGCUCUGACCAGUAUUGCACACACAUAUAACGAAGCCCUGCUCUGUCCGAUCGAUCGCCUAUCAAAAGCAGUUACAAACAUUCUCCCCAGUCAGGUCUCCCAGUUUUCUGCGAUAGCUCACUGUGCGCACAGUGAUGAGUUAGGUGCGUUUGACUGCAGCACCGGUCGGAUGACAGAUUUGUUCACACACGAAGGCCAAGUGGUAACAGCUACUCUAAGCGCGUGUGGUCAGUACGUCCUGGUCGGUUUGAAACUUCCUCCGGGGUAUGAAUCACAACCAGUGAAUGUGAUUUGGUCAUUGCAAUCCCGAGCGCUGUUGUGCGAAUUCGGUAUUCAAGUCGGUUUUCACUUAUCCGGUGGUUCUACCGAAGCUAAAUUUCUACAGAUUCAAGAAAUCGAUGCGAAAACGUGUGAAUUGUAUGCUAUAAAUGUGAACGAAUUGGACACUGGAACUGAUUCAAAUCCCGUCCGUGUGGAAUGUUGUCUAACGCUACCGCAUUUGGAAACUCAUGUGACCCCGUUCUGGGCGGCAGAUGAUCAAUGUUUAUUGGCUUUGGUUUCGGACCAACUAGACAGUUCUAGAAAUGUUCACAACAAAUCUCAGUUAGUCUUGAUGGUUGAGAAGCAAGGAGAAUGGAGCAUUUCUUACCCGAUUAUAGACAGCCACGAAGAACAACUUGAUUGCAAGCCGCACAUUCUCUCG